AUGGCUGAAGACGUAUUGUUUCGAAAACAAAAAGAAUGUCCAUCAGAUGAUAUAAAUUACGAUGAAAAUAUUUUUAAUGAAGCUUUACUUGAGUUGAAUAAAGUGGUGCAAUCAGUUUCUGGCAAAAAUAUCACUGAUUUUGGAUUAAUUCUAUCGAACAAUAUAAAUCUGAAUACCAAUACUGAAUACUUGCGGGAAACGUCCUACGAUAGUGUCCGUCUAUUACAGGUCGUUCAAAAUGAGAGACGUUUAAACUCUGAUCAGAAAACGGUUUAUGACGCAGUAAUGACAUCUAUUAAUAAUUACGAAGGCAAAACAUUUUUCCUUGAUGCCCCUGGAGGUACAGGAAAAACAUUUUUAAUUAACUUAUUGCUCGCCAAAAUAAGAACAGACAGAAAAAUCGCUCUUGCUGUGGCUUCAUCUGGAAUUGCAGCUACGCUUUUAGAAAGUGGUCGAACUGCGCAUAGCACUUUCAAGAUCCCGCUAAAAAUGUCCUACGAUGACAAAAUCAAGUGUCUGUAA